AUGGCAAUUGUUGCGCCAAUCGUCGGUGGCCAAACGGUACUUCCCGAAAGAAUCUUCCCGGAGUUUCUCACCGAUCUGAAAAGCAAUUACAUUUCCGAUUUCGGUGAUUACUUGCUCAUUGAGAAACCGUAUUUCGUCGUUGGACUUUUCUGGCAUGAGCUUUUGUUUCUAUGGCCAAUCUCGAUUGCUAAUGUUUACGCGAUUCUUACCGGGAAGUCGUGGUUUGGUACCACUUGCUUGUUGUAUGGAGCUUCCCUCGUCACUUCAAUGGCUGCGAUCCUCGGAGAGAUGAUAGGUUCGGGGAAGGCAUCAGACAGACUGCUAAUGUUGUAUGUGCCUUUCAUGGUUAUUGGUAUCGUCGCUGUUUAG